GUCUGUUUGAGUGCUGUUGGUCUUUGUGGCGAUUGCUUGCCUAUUUCCAUCGUGUGAAUGAGGCCCCACAGCAGUAACAUGAUUUCAGUUACCGUGAAAACUGAAAAAGCAGGGGAGCAGAGAGUUCAGAAGAAGGGACACUCUGUCCAAAUCCCGGCUCGAUCCACGUGAGACGGUGAGGAGGUUAGAGAGAAUGAGAGGAAGGAAAUUCAGGACCUCUCUCUUGGUAUGCACAGCAAUUUUUGGUUCAUUGAGACAAUUGCAUGGAGGAUGCUGACUGGUCUCCUCCUGUUCCUGUGCUACAGGCUCGAGGAGGGGGCUGACUGGCAUUCUGCUGUUCCUGUGCUGCAGGCUUGAGGAGGGGCAAUCUGGUCUCCUGUUCCUGUGAAGGAGGAGGUGGUGAAUUUUUCACUGCUGCAGCAUUGCUUCUACUCAGCAGGUGGUGGUGCUGAGCGAUGGCUAAAUCUGCAUUAGAACAGACAGAACAGGGGAACAGGCCAGAUCUUGAGGCUUCGACAGCUCGUAAUCGUUUAGAUGCAGUCCUCCAGUGUCUGGUUGAGAAGAGUGAUAUUGAGAGAUACCAGGCUGAUGAUGAGAUUGUGAAACCUGUGCUUUCCGAUCUACAGAGCAAAGAUUCCUCACCAGCAUCAGCAGGAAAAAGAGCCUCAACUCGGUUCCCGCAUCAAAGACGCAAGAAGAGGAAGGAAACUGAUGAUGCUGCAUAUGAGGGAAGCCACCAGAGGCCAAAUGCCUAUACUAUGAAGCUGUUUGACCGGAGCGUUGACCUGGCUCAGUUUAAUGAGAAUACACCUCUUUACCCCAUCUGCCGAGCUUGGAUGAGGAAUAACCCCAGCCUUCGGGAAGGAGCGCACAGCCCGAGUCCCCAGCCACCUGCAGCACUGGAAGAUGAGGAGGUUGCAGAAGUGAUGAAUGGAAAGUGUCAGGAUAUUUAUAGACUGCCCGUGCCAACUCCCUGCUCACUGAACACACGUGGAUAUCCGAUCAAUCUCCGUGUUCCAUCACCACUGCCUCCCACAGAGAAACAACUUGAUAUCAGCAUGAGUCGCAAUAAUGCUCCUGGGGUGCCCACCUUACUCUACAACCACAUGGAUCGCUGGAAGAAGAUUCGACAGAGGUGGAGAGAAGCAUCUCACAGGAACCAGUAUCGUUACAGAGACAGCAUGAAGAUCCUGAAGGAAAUGUUUGAGCGUCAGUGAGGGCUCCCAGGACCUCCAGUCCCUGCUUGUGACCAAGUAUUGCAGUUGCAAUGCCUUCGGUGCCCGUUAUCUGCCCAGUUCAAGGACCGAGCCCUGAGGGACUGUUGUUUUGCCUACUGGGCCCAGGUUGGAGAUGACCACAGUUGUUUUUGGCACUUUGUUUAUGCCUCCCCAUAAGCUUUGUUUUCUUGGCUUCGGUCCUGAGCCACAGGAAGCAGCUACAUUAGUCACCUGUUGCUUGCUGUGGGUUGUUGGCUCCUGGCUGAACUGAGAGGAGCUGAGCAUGCUGUGGGCUCUGGGAUAACUAACUUCCAGCUCCUCCUGGAGACACGCUGUGGCCUUGCUGUUGCAGCUGAGUUGAUUGUUACGGAUCUGCUCAUCUCACCUCGUCUUUUAUGGGUGAGCAAUCGACUUUAAUAGGUGUACACAUUCCCACUUGUACAUGUGCCUGUGGGUCUCUGUACACAUAUUGAUAUGUAUGUGCAAUUGUGACUGUUCAACUGACUAUACAUGUCAGAAACAUAAACUGAAAUUGCUGGAAAAGCUCAGCACAGUUAACGUUUUGGGUCUGGUGACCCUUCCUCUGAAUUGAGGAAGUUCUGAGGAAGGGUCACCGGACUCAAAAUGUUAACUCUGACUUCUCUUCACAGAUGCUGCCAGACCAGCUGAGCUUCUCCAGCAACUUCUGUUCUUGUUUCUGGUUUACAGCAUCUGCAGUUCUGUCAGACUUUGUCUGCGUAUGACAGUGUUUGUAUAGAUCGCCUGUGGGCGAGGAUAUGUUUCUUUGCGAUACCUGUUGCUGUCAUUUGUGUACCUGUGUCUGUGCGUGUGCGUUGAUGUUUAUGGUUGAACUGUCCGGAUUUGACCGCAAACCACUCUGUGAGAUUACUAAUUAGCAUUGCCACACUCCAGGCCCUCCAACAGCCUUGGUAUUAUGAACACACCGUAGGGUCCAAACAGAGCAAAUACAGUACCCCCUUUCACACUAAUGCUUCGAGCCGGCCUGGGGCACAACCAUGCGGGUCAGAAUAAACACACUUUUUGACCCUA